AUGAAUGUCAGUACUAGUGCUUUAGGAGUAAGAAGGAGGAAAGUUGCUACCCAGAAUAUUGACGAUGAAGAGAAUGCAGCAGUUUUAAAAUUAGGACCAGAAUUUCAAUUAACUCAAAUAACAAAUGCCGGGGAAGAACAACAGUUGAUUGCGCUUAAUCUAUCAGAGACCAGGUUGUUGAUUAGAGCGGCUUUGAAAGAACGAAAGAAGAAUAAAAAGCCCAACAAGCAUUCCACUCAACUGUCUCUGGCUGUCAACGAUGAUGCAAUGAACUCAGACUCGGACGAGGACGAGGACUUGAACAAUACAAAGGAGGAUGAGAUUUCAAACAUGGAAUUAGCAGGACCCAAUCUGAACGAAGUUAUACACAAGACAUUAAAUUAUUUGACCAAUUUUGCUAGAUUCAAGAAUAGACUGAGCUGUGAAACUGUUGAAAAGCUUCUUAAUGAUUUCAAUGAGCAUUGCACCGAGUAUUUACAUCCUUUUGAAAUAGCCCAGUUGGGGACUUUGGAAUGUGAAGAUGCUGAAGAGGCAAAGAGUUUGAUACCGAGUUUACAGAAUAAAGUCUCUGAUGUGCAAUUACAGAGCUUGUUGACAGAGUUGAGAAAAUAUCAAACAUUGUCAUGA